AUGGCGUUCAACCCGCGAAUGUCAAUUUUGCCGCCGAACCAGCAUCGCAAUGCCCGGCCCAAAGACGUGCCCGACCUGCUCGUGCGGCUCACAGACAAGGAGAUUGUCGCGUGCGUUGCCGACAUGGGCAUCCCGUUCUCGGUCGCCGAUCUGCAGAAACCGAAUCCGCUGCUCGUCCAGAAGAUCUUUGAGUGGUUCGCCGAGGAGCUGCUCAACGUGUCGCGCGAAACGGUGGAGCCGGCGAUGCGGGCGGCCGCCGAAGAGGUGUGCGGCAGCGAAUACGGCGACGUGCUGAUGCCGGCGGACACGCGGUGCCUGAUGGGCUUUUGCGCGUCGCUGCGCGUGCUGCUGGCCGAGUGCUGCGUGCGCGACUUUAGCCUCAACGACCUGUACCGGCCCACCUACGAGCGCCUCGUGAUGAUCCUGAGCUACCUCAUCAACUUUGUGCGCUUCCGCGAGGGCCAGGGCCACAUUGUCGACCAGCACGCGCAGCGGGGCGCCAUGACGCGGCAGCGCGCCGACGAGCUGUACAGCGCGAACCAGGACCUCGAGCGGCGGCUCGAGGCGCUGCGCGCGGCGCGCAACGCGGCCGAGGCCGAGGUGCGGGAGAAGAUGCAGCGCAACGACGCGCUGAAGCGCAACCUGGUGGACCUGCAGCGCAGCCAGCGGCAGGUGGGCGCGCGGCUGGACGAGGCGCGCGAGCGCAAGAAGCAGCUGGUGGACCAGCUCGAGCGUCGCACGCAGUCCAAGGUUGUGCUGCGGCAGGAGAUUGCCAAGCUGCAGCCGUACGUCCUGCAGAGCCCGGCGUCGCUGCAGACCAACCUGGCCGACCUGUCCAACACGCUGAGUAACAACCGCGCGCACAUUGAGUCGCUCGAGCGGCGGGCGCGCGCCCUGCAAACGUCGGCGGACUCGUUCCACGUGGUGGCGGGCGACGUGGCGGCGUGCAUCAAGCUGCUGGACGAGAUUGGCGCCGAGCUGGGCAAGGAGGAAGAGGACAAUGCCAAGAAGAGCCGGCAGCGCGACGCGCUGACGGAGCGCGGCGCGGACGUCAAGGAGGUCGAGCGGGCGGAGCUAAUGCUGCAGAAGCAGCUGGCCAAGUGGAACGAGCGGACGGAGAAGCUGCGCGAGCAGAGCGCGCAGAAGGCGCAGGAGGCCAAGGAGAAGAUGGAGGAGCUCAAGCAGAUCCACCGGACGCUCAACGAGGAGCGCAGCGACAAGGGCCGCGACAUUGAGAAGCGCCGCGUGCGCAUCGAGCAGACGGAGAAGAAGAUGCUGGACCUCAAGGAGAACAUUGAGAACGAGGUGCACAACGCCUACGACGAGUACCUCAAGAUGGAGUCGCACAUCAAGCUGUACAUUACGGAGAUGGAGCAGACGAUGUGA